GUGAGUCUUAGAUUGAGUCAGUAGGUCUGUCAGUCAGGGGUUGACGUCUACGUGGUGAGGUUUGGAACCACUAACCCGGUUGUAAACUUAUCACCAUGGUUGAGACCCGUAGUGGGAAGGAGACUAGCCCCUACACCACUGAGCAGCAAGAAAAGAUGGUCGCCUUAGUCAGAGAGAAUAAGGAGAGGAAAGAGCGUGAAAAGCAAGCCAAGCUAAAGGCUAUCGCAGGCGAGCAGGCAGCGAAGAUGAAGAGACUGGAGGAGGAGAUGAAGAGGGUACAACAGGAGGAGGAAGAAAGAAGGAAGGCUGCUGAAGCAGAAGCAGAAGCGGCCGCAGAAGAAGAGAAAGAGACAAUGAGAAUUAAGAGCGGAGAAGGAAGUAGUGGCACGAGGAAGGAUACAGACGCGGAGAUCGAAAAGAAGAUCCACGAGUGGGUUGCUAACCUAUCAUUGGGGGAAGACAAAGAGGCGGGGKCAUACGUGACUAAGGAUGAGAAGGCCGCAUUGGCCGCUGAGCUAGCAACCUUGACGGAUCCUAUGGAGCGAAGAGAGCGGGAAGACGAGCAAAAGUUGCAGUGGAAGCUGAGGAUGAAGAGGGAGAAGAGGAGGAGGAGAGAAGAGGUGAACAAGAUGACCUCAGCAGUGGCAAAAGUGCAGGAGUGUAGAGCGGAGGUAUUGGCCCAGCCAGAUGAUAAGGCCAAAUGGGACAAAGUACUGGGCUACCUAGAAGUGUUGAGUAAGGCCUGGAUGGAGGAGCGCCAUGCAAGUUGGAGCCAGGAUGUAGCUUUGAGCGCCAUGCGGUCUGGAUUUAGGAAGUUUGCGCGCGAAAUCGUCACCCACAUUGGAGGCGAAGUCAAACAGUUGAGAGACAACGUGGGAAGUUUUGUGAGGGCGCCAUUCAGGGUGCCAAAGCUGUAGCCACUGUAGAGGGAGAGGCCAGACCCCGUAAGGACCCAGUGAAACUUAAGUUCCCAGACGCG